AUGGCCGACCCCGUGUGGACUGAUGGGAUCUUGCUCAAGAUUGCGAAUGUAAUCACAUAUCUGUUCUUUUUGGGCUCGAACUUGUAUACGGUCGCUGCCCCAAACGAUAUUUACUACACUGGAAAGGAGACGUAUAUCACGCCAGCUCCAUGGGCAUUCCUCAUUUGGUCUUUGAUUCACUUGCUGCUUCUUGGAACCGUCAUCUACCAAUUCUUCCCCGCCGGCAAGCGUGUUAUCAUUGAUGGUAUCUCAUGGAGAUUCCCCCUACUUGGCCUCCUGAACGCCAUCUACGUCAACCUCUGGGCAAGCCACCACUACAUUAUUGCUUUUGUGUUCUCGCUCUUCGUCAGCUCCGCAGUUACUCACAUUUACUACAUCGUCAAAAAACAUCACUCCCCGCAAAGUGCUGCUGACGAAGUCUUCGUUCACUUGCCGUUCUCACUUUACCACGGUUGGACAACUGUGCUUGUCAUCUUGACUGCCUUCGAGGCGUUUGGUGUUAGCGCCUUUGACCACAAGGCUGGCGUUUGGACCAAAGUUUUCGUCUUUCUCGCAUUGUUCUUCCUCGAGGGCACGGCUGCCGCAUACGCUUUCUCCACUCCCGAGGGCGAUCUCCCAGCGUCGGUCGCUAUUGCCUGGUCGCUCUGGGCCAUCUUCUCUCACCAAAGGUCUUCGGCUUUCAUCCACUGGUCGGCACUCGCUUUCGCCAUCCUUUCGUUGUUCUGGGUGGUCAAGGGUGCCUACGGGCUCUGGGCCACUAGCGGCGGACGCGUAAGACUCGAUGAUGAGGAACGCGCACCCCUUGUCGGCUCGUCGUAA